GACAAAAAUGUGGAAAACGAAAUUUCUGCCCAAUGCGCGCGCUCCGCUGUGACAUAAUGGAACGUGCGAGCUUAGAAAAGCUCGAGGCGGUGAGCAGCGCGUGCAUUAGACAGGGAUCCAGCUCGAGCCCGUGGUCGGCUCUGGAGGACAGUCCGGGUCCUCAUCCUGUCCUCUGACUGAGCCGAGCCGAGCCAGGCCGAGCCGAGCCUGUUCACACAGAGAUAAUGAUGAAGAAGGACAUUAACCUGAGCCUGGCGGACGACGCGGACCUGAAGCCCCACCUCCGCGAAGCCGAGAGCAUCCUGAGCUCCCCGGACCUGGGGCUCCUGAAGCUGGCGUCCCCGGAGCUGGAGCGGCUCAUCAUCCAGUCCAACGGCCUGGUCACCACCACCCCCACCAGCGCCCAGUUCCUCUACCCCAAGACGGUCACGGACGAGCAGGAGUUCGCCGAGGGCUUCGUGAAGGCGCUGGAGGACUUACACAAGCAGAACCAGCUGAACGGACCCGGGCCGGCGGCCGGCAGCCUGGACCUGGGAAACAACAUCGCCCCGGUGACGGUCCAGCCGGACCUGCCGGUCUACACCAACCUGAACAGCUACGGCAGCGGCCCCCUGGGCACCACGGUCAACUACUCCACGGACACGGUCCCGUUCCCGCCUCCUCCGGCGCAUCAUCUGGGGGGAGCCCCGGGGCCGGGGCCGGGGCCGGGGCCGGAGCUGUCCCGGGUCCAGCCGCUGAAGGAGGAGCCUCAGACGGUGCCGGACGUGCAGAGCUUCGGGGACAGUCCUCCGCUGUCUCCCAUCGACAUGGACACUCAGGAGCGGAUCAAGGCCGAGCGGAAGAGGCUCCGGAACCGGAUCGCAGCCUCCAAGUGUCGGAGGCGCAAACUGGAGCGGAUCUCCCGGCUGGAGGACAAGGUCAAGACGCUGAAGAGCCAGAACACGGACCUGGCGUCCACGGCCAGCCUGCUCCGGGAGCAGGUGGCCCAGCUCAAACAGAAAGUCCUCACCCACGUCAACAGCGGCUGCCAGCUGCUUCCACACGAGGUCCAGGUCCACUAGUGAGGCGGACCCGGGCUACGGACCAGCGGAUAAGCUCAGCGGACCGUGCCGGUGUCGGUUCUUCUGUUUGUAGCCCAGAUGUGCGCACCGGGCCUCAUGGACCCAACUGUACAUUAAGACUCAACAAACAGCAUCUGAGCGUCGAAUAC